GAGAAGGCCUGACCUCCCAAGAACAUCCACCACAAGCUCAGGUGGAGAAUUCACAAUUUCGCCACUACCCACAUCAGACUCCCCACUCGAACCUCAGUCAAACCCAGGAAGAGCGAGGAGAAAACGGAAAAUGUCAGUGAUGAGGAAAGGCGAGGAGUGGGAGGACAGGAACUGCAGACUUCGCGCCAUCCAGUUGCGUGUUCAGGAUCUGGGGCUCGGUUACCAGUCAGAUGAAAUCGUCCUCUUCAAGUACUGCAGUGGAAGCUGCCCCCUGGCCAGGACCAACCAUGACCUGACCCUUUCGCUGCUGCUUAGGAAAACCGGCCUCCUCAGCACAUCACAGGAGAAGAUUGUCAGUGACCCGUGCUGUCGCCCCACUCAGUUCAAGGACGUCACCUUUCUGGACAUUAACAAUCACUGGCACACAGUGGAAAAGCUCUCAGCCUCUGAGUGCAGCUGCAUUGGGUAAUCAUUUGAGCAUGGGGCAGGGGUGGGGCAAAGAGACAAAAAUCCCAGCACAACCUAGACUGAAACAGAGGGAAAAUCCAUACCUUGCUUGGCGGCAGAGGGGGUUAUGAUGGGGGAAGGACAGG